AUGGCUACCACCCAGGUCAACAAGACUGCUCAUCCAUUUGACAAGCCGCGCUUCGAGGCGUUGCUCAAUCGUCGCUUCUUCUAUGCACCGGCCUUUGAGAUCUAUGGCGGCGUCGCCGGUCUGUAUGACUACGGUCCUCCGGGCUCUGCUCUCCAGAGCAACAUCAUCACGGAAUGGCGCAAACACUUCAUUGUCGAGGAGCUCAUGCUCGAAGUGGACACGACCGUCAUGACUCCCGCCCCUGUAUUCGAGACCUCCGGUCACGUUGCGCGAUUCGCCGACUGGAUGGUCAAGGAUCUGAAGACAGGCGAGGUUCUUCGCGCCGAUCAUCUAGUGAAGAACGUGUUCGAGGCGCGGCUAGCCGGGGACAAGGAAGCGCGAGGGCUUGCGGCGCAACCUGUCAAGGAAGACGAGAAGAAGAAGAGGAAGAAGGACAAGGGGAAGGCGGUCGCCGUCAAGCUCGAGGAUACCGUAGUAGCGGAAUAUGAGAACAUUCUAGCCCAACUGGACAACUACUCCGGUCCGGAGCUUGGCGAGCUCUGCAAGAAGUACAACAUCCGGAACCCUGAUACCGACAACGAAGUCUCUGAACCCGUCCAGUUCAACCUGAUGUUUGCGAGCAGCAUCGGCCCCACCGGCCAACACCCCGGUUUCCUUAGGCCAGAGACGGCGCAAGGCCAUUUCCUUAACUUCUCGCGUCUCCUUGAGUACAACAACGGGCGCGUUCCCUUCGCGUCUGCACAGAUCGGUCGCUCCUUCCGCAACGAGAUUUCACCCCGCGCAGGUCUCCUUCGCGUACGCGAGUUCACCAUGGCCGAGAUUGAGCACUUCGUCGAUCCUGAAGACAAGUCGCACGAACGAUUUGUCGACGUACGCGACGUAGAACUCAAUCUUCUUGACCGGCAUACACAGUCGGCUGGGAGCACCAAGGUCACAAGAAUGAAAAUCGGUGAUGCGGUCGACAAAGGGGUUGUCGCCAACGAGACUCUCGGCUACUUCAUUGCUCGUAUCCACCUGUUCCUGCUCAAGAUUGGUAUCAACCGAGACCGGCUCCGCUUCCGCCAGCACAUGUCCAACGAGAUGGCGCACUACGCGACAGAUUGCUGGGACGCCGAGAUCCAGAACUCGUAUGGCUGGACUGAGUGCGUGGGCUGCGCGGACCGCGCAGCGUACGACCUCACCGUGCACAUGGCGAAGACCGGUCACCCUCUGGUUGUCCGCCAAGCUCUUAAGGAGCCAAUAAUCACGGAGAAGCUGACGCCCGAAUACAACAAGAAGAACUUUGGUAAGACGUUCGGGAAGGACACCGCCUCGAUCCAGACGAUUAUAGAUGCCAUGGACGAGGCCGCUCUAGCCAAGAUGCAGGGCGAGCUCGCGCAAGGGGCGACUACUGUAACCGACACCGAAGGCAAGGUGUUCCCGCUGACCGCUGACCAUCUGAUCAUCGAGCGGAAGACGUUCAAGCAGUCGGUCCGCGAGUUUACUCCGAACGUCAUUGAGCCAUCGUUCGGUCUGGGCCGUAUCUUGUACGCGCUGCUCGAGCACAGCUUCUGGAGCCGAGAACAAGAUGUAGAGCGCGGGGUGCUCUCGCUCCCACCUGUCAUCGCCCCUACGAAAGUUCUCAUCGUUCCGCUGAGCGCGAGGCCAGAGUUUGAGCCGCUCAUCCGCGAAGUCUCGACGAAAUUACGCAAGGCGGGCAUCUUCUCGCGCGUGGACGAUUCGAAUCAGUCGAUUGGCAAGCGCUACUCGCGCAACGACGAGCUGGGCACACCCUAUGGCCUCACGCUUGACUUCGCUUCCGUUCAGAAGCGGACCAUGACCCUGAGAGAACGCGACACCACGACGCAGCUCAUCGGGGACAUGGACGAGGUGUUGAACACCGUCAUCGAGCUCGUCGACGGCACGAUCGACUGGCCCGCGGCGUGCGCCCGGCUCCCGGCGUACGACGGCGUCCAGGCCCUCGAGUGA